UUUUUCUGGAGGCAGGCUAUGACGGUGUUCCUCUGUUCCAUGCACUGUCAGUCUGUGCGAACUGUUUGUUGUCAUCAAGAUGGAGUUUUUAUUGGGAAAUCCAUACAGCACUCCUGUGGGACAAUGCAUUGAAAAGGCCACAGAUGGGUCCCUCCAGAGUGAAGACUGGACCCUGAAUAUGGAGAUUUGCGAUAUAAUCAAUGAAACUGAGGAUGGACCCAAAGAUGCCAUAAAGGCAGUGAAGAAAAGGCUGCAUGGGAAUAGGAAUUUCAAGGAGGUGAUGCUGGCGCUGACCGUCUUGGAGACGUGUGUGAAGAACUGUGGCCAUCGUUUUCACAUUCUUGUCACUAAUCGGGACUUCAUUGAUGGUGUCCUGGUUAAAAUCAUCUCUCCUAAGACCAACCCUCCCACUAUUGUACAAGACAAAGUGCUUUCCCUGAUCCAGGCUUGGGCAGAUGCCUUCAGGAGCAGUCCAGACUUGACUGGAGUGGUGCACAUUUAUGAGGAGCUGAAGAGGAAAGGCGUGGAGUUCCCCGUGACAGACCUGGACGUCCUCUCUCCCAUCCACACUCCACAGCGGUUGUGCGGUAUGCAGAGCACCCGUGAAGUGGAGCCAGCUGCUCCCAAGUACACCUCCCCUCCCCAGCCCUUCUCAGGCCCUGCUCCUCCCGUGUCCUCCACUGUUCCCCCCUCCUACUCAGCACCGCAGAUCCCCAGCCUGCAGGCGUCUGGGGCCAUUAACCCCAGUGCCGAUCAGAUUAUCCGGCUGCGCAGUGAGUUGGACAUCGUGCGUGGAAACACCAAGGUGAUGUCAGAGAUGCUGACUGAAAUGGUGCCUGGACAAGAGGACCCCUCAGACCAUGAGCUUCUGCAGGAGCUGAACCGGACCUGCCGGGCCAUGCAGCAACGCAUCGUGGAGCUCAUCUCCCGCGUGGCCAACGAGGAGGUGACCGAGGAGCUGCUCCAUGUCAACGACGACCUCAACAACAUCUUCCUGCGAUACGAGAGGUACGAGCGCUACCGCACGAGCAGAGCUGCCCAGAACACCAAUAACGGGGUGCUCAGCGAGGCCACAGAGGACAACCUGAUUGACCUGGGGCCAGGGUCCCCGGCUGUGGUCAGCCCCAAGGUGAGCGCCCCUGCUGCCCCUGCUGCCCCUGCUGCCCUGGCUGCCCCUGCUGCCCCCGUGCCCUCCUCCACCCCGGCGGCCGCCCUCUCCACUCAACUCGCUGGGCUUGACGUGGGUGCGGACAGUGUGAGCGGCACUCUGAGGUCCCUGCCCAGCUGUAACCCCCGGGAUGAUUUCGACAUGUUCGCUCAGACCAGGACCGGCUCUCAGCCUGAACCGCCCAAAAGUGUGAAGCAUGAAGAGCUUCAGGCCAGUGGUGGCAUAGUUUCCGGUCCGGACACCAAACAACAGAAUGCCGCGGGGCUGAGGGUAAAAGAUGGUAACGCAGACAUGGAGCCAAUAGACAGCUGGCUUAUUACCCAAGGAAUGAUUCCCGUUGCGCAGUCCUCUGUCAUGGAUGACAUUGAGGAGUGGCUCUGUGCUGAUGUGAAGGGUGAUGAAACUGAAGAGGGGGUGACCAGUGAAGAAUUUGACAAGUUUCUAGAAGAAAGGGCCAAAGCUGCGGAGGUGGCACCGACCUUACCAUCGCCCCCUAGUGGAGACCCCGCUCCCCCUGUGAGCGCACCCAGUGGCAGUCGCAAGAAACCACAGAGAUCUGAAGAUGCCCUUUUUGCCUUGUAGCAUUGCAGCAGAAACCCCUGUUCCCCUACCGCCCUCUCCCCACCCAGCCCCUGCCCCUGCCCCUGCCCCACAGACCCGAAACCGCCCCCAGCACCCCAGCUCAGCAGCGUACAGUACAUUGGUCUGCCAUGUGCCAGUGCUAUCUGCACAACCCACCAACCCUAUUUCCUGGCUCAUUGCACUACAUCACAGAGGCUAGCCGCCCACCCUCUAGUUUAUCCCUGUUUUUACAGCUUAAAUCAUUUGGUAAAAUCGUUGGCUACCAUUCCAACGGUUUUGCAUGUCUAUCCCUAAGCUGAGCGAGUAUUGUGAGAAAGGAUUCAGAAAUAUCUUCCUUCCGUACUUGCGCUUCCUCUAUCAACCUCUCUGGCUUAUGCCAGGAUAGCCUCUAGUGAAGUCAGCCACAGGCAAUAGAUCAAAAUGCAUUAAUUAGGGAGAGACUGGAAUAUUUAGUAUGUUUUCUUUUUCCGUUGUAAAACACUAAAGGAUAUUGUCCAUAUGAAUAUGCCCAACAGAAAUUAUGUUAAGAUCAAAUGUUUUGUGUAUUAACUUUAUUAACUUUUGUUUGGUUUGGAUUGGUUAUCUUUUUAUUUCAUGUCUGUGUAACUGACAUUUAUUUAAGGGAAGAACAAACGCUGACAGGUCAGAGUGCAUCAUGAAUUGUGGCCGAUAGUGUCCUGUGCAUCUAUGAAUCUUUACACAUUUGUUGCCUUGUAGGGGCUGCAUUGUAAAGAGAACCUGGGGAACUCUACAUGCAUAACUGCACCAUUGGAAAGGGAAUACUAAAAAAUGGGAUAUCACUAUGAGUGUAUUAUUGUAAACACCCACGUAGCCGCAUUACCACUAACAAUCAUGAGUCUUCAUUUUGAUCAGUAGUUAAUGGGCAGUUUUCACAAGAACUGAGUUUGCACAGUACUCAGAGACGCAUCCUUUUGUGCUGUGUUUCUUUUAGGCUGUUAAUCUGAAACAUUAACAGAAUCUUUGGGAUAAUAGUAGCUGGUUGACAUGUUAUGUUUGUUUAAAGCAGCCAUUUUGUUAUAAUUUAACAUUGUCAAGGUGUGUAUCUGACAUUUCAGAGACUCGAUGUGUUCUAACAGCAAAGAUUGAAUACGACAUUUUCUCCUGGACCUCAAAUUUGUAACAAUAAACUAUACUGGAUGCAUUAAAUCUUUUUUUUUUUAAAUAUAUAUAUAUAUAGAUAUUUUUUAAACAAAAACAAAUCCAUUUUUGUUUUUUGAAGAGUGUUUCUGUUGAACCUGCCUUAUCAGAUAAGUUGAGUGAUAGUCUUGUCCGGUGUUUUGUUUAUUAUGUACUCUUUAUGGUUACGUGGCCAAGCAUUCCCCUAUUUAAUAUUGGACUUUGGUUUUGUGACUUUUUAACAUCUUGAAGCACAGUCCAGGAGAUAUUUUUUAUGAUAUUGAAUAUCUUUGAAAAAAGCUGGUGGACCAAAGUUUGGAGGGUGUGAAAAAUAAGGGAAAAGAGGUGCAAGAGGAAAACUAGCAUGAACUCGUUUAUAUUGAGUUUCACAGAUGUGAGUGACUUUCUAAAAACAAUGAUUUAGUCAUUGUGCAGUAAGCAUCUUCAUGCAGUGGGUAGUUUAUUUGUAUUGAAUGAACACAGCGGAGAGUAUAUAAUGCAGUUCUGUCAUUCUGAAUUUGUAUCUGAAUUUGUCAUUGGUUUUAUUUGGCAAGUGAAGAGCAUUCGUUGCCCCCUGACAUUCUUAAGCAAACAUGUGAAUAUAAAAUCACAGGCCAGAGAGAAUUCUAACAUUUUAUGUGUUGAAAUGUUUGCACAAACAAGUCGCUCAAUUCUUCCCCAAUUAGAAUGUUUCCAGGUGUUACAUGUCACUUUAUUGCUGUUUUGGUUGGAUUUCAUUCAGAUUAAACCAACUUGAGGGCAGUGGAGAGGAAAAUUAAACCACUUUCUGAGGUCUAAGUAAUUAACAUAAUGUGGAUUGUAUUGGUGAGCCUGAAUGGGCUAUUGGCAAUGCUUAAGAUAUAUUGAGACGUGUAAGUCUAAUGUUCAUUGGCUUACUUCAUUCUAGUUGUCACAAUAUUAAUAUGUAACUGCAAUGGAAUCUUUCCUAAUAUGACCUUGAGUGCAAGUAGUGAUCUCCCAAUUAAACUAUGGGAUUCACACUUGUAAUAAUGAAAACACUAAUGGAAACUUAUAAGGCAUCAGUGGCCCUGAUACAUUUUACCUUCUACACCAGUCUCUUUAACUUCAUCAAAUGUUCUGUACUGUGUAAUAUAAAUUAAAAUAAGUUCUGUAAGCAGAUACCUUAUUUGAGCUGUUAUAUAAAGUGAUCUGUUAAAAAGGUAUGGUAUGGUAUGGUAGCUUGCAGCAGAGAUGGUCUUUUUUAUAUCUGUAAUCACUUUAGAAUGUUGGAAAAUAUUGACAAAUCUCAGAAUAAUUUAUUUGUAAUAUUCAUUUCAAGCAUCAACAUUAAAAUGUAAUUUAGAAUAUUCAAACAUAAUGUUGGACAGUCUAUUUUAUGAGAAAUUUGUGUGAACGUGCAUAUAACAUUUGCCCAUUUUAUUUUCUCCAUUUAUUGAAUUUGUUUUUUUGUUUUACAAUUCCCCUUUGGAGAUUACCUGUUAACAUGUAAGCUGAUGUACCUUUAACUUUCAGAAGUGGGAUUGAUAUAAGUUGUUAAGAACUUAUAUUGAUAAGUCCAGAAGUUUAAAUUUCACUUUUGUUAAGGGCAUUGUUUCCAGGAUCUAAAUCAGCUCUGCACUGGUUCUUUGGUCUCGGACCUAAUAUUCUAUUUAAGUUUUCUGCUUCUACCAAUAAAUUAAUGUCAGAAUGGAGUUCAUUUUUUUGGUACUUUUUAUCACUAGUAAUUUCUCAGCUUCAUGGCAGCCUUAAUGACCACAUGAUUACCUAACAUCUCAAGCUUGAGACAGGUAGCUGGAUCUGAACAGUAUCUAUUAUCAUGGCAAAUAUUGCGUGUGCGUGCGUGUGUGUGCUUGUGUUCACGUGUGUGUGCAUGUGUGUGCAUACAUGUUGCAGACUUGUAUGCACGUAUGUGCGCAUACGGACGGUAUGCAUGUGUGCGUACUGAUGUGCGGAUGUGGAAGCAGCAAUGCUAUGUGUAAUUGAUAAAGGGAAACAAAUGUGGACAAUGGGUUUUUGUAUGUAGGUCAGAGCAAAGGUGGCUGGUGAAGCAAAGACCAGAGGAUGUUGAGUCUUGUAAGUUGGUUACCUGGCUUGCCCUUUUUACAACAGUAACAUUUCCCACAAGGACAGGGCCACUGAACCAGUAACUGGGAUCGACACAGUGACUGGAAAUGGUGUGUUUGUGUGGAUUUGUGUGCUAACUGCUGCUGUUAGCUUGAGCUAUGCGCCGUUUGACUUUCGCAUGUGUUGAACUCCAAAUAAAACACUAGCAAUGUGA